UCCCGCCGCCGACGCCCAGGCAACGCCGCGCGCGCUCCCGACGACGUCGCCGAGGCUUUGGUUGCAAGAUGGCGCCGAGCAGGUUGUGCCCACUGCUGCUGCUGCUGCUGUCGCUGGCCGUGCUGUGUGCCGGCGUGGUCGGUGACGACAAUCGGCCGAAAGCCGGCAAGAAGAAAAAGGACAUCCGCGACUACAACGAUGCCGAUAUGGCGCGGCUGCUGGAGGAAUGGGAGAAAGAUGAUGAUAUAGAAGAAGGGGAUUUACCAGAACACAAGAGAACUUCACCACCAAUAGACUUUUCCAAACUUGAUGCCAGUAAUCCUGAAGGGCUUCUAAAGUUAACCAAGAAAGGCAAAACAUUAAUGAUAUUUGCAACAGUGGGAGGAAAUCCCAUAGAGAAGGAAACUGAAGAGAUAACCAGUCUUUGGCAAGGCAGUCUAUAUAAUGCAAAUUAUGAUGUACAAAGAUUUGUAGUUGGUUCUGAUCGGGCCAUCUUCAUGCUGCGUGAUGGAAGCUACGCUUGGGAGAUUAAAGACUUUCUGGUAAAUCAGGAACGCUGUGCUGAGGUCACGGUUGAAGGGCAGACAUAUCCUGGAAAAGGAGCAGGGAAAAAGAAGAAUGACAUCAAGCCAGAUAAGAAAAAACCUACAGCAGCUUCACCGAAAGAUAAUCGGGCCAACAAAAAUGAGCUGUGAAGUAACUGAGUUAGAUGGAGAUCAAAAAUUUCUUUUUGCAUUACAUGUGUUGCCUUUUGAUGUUGAGAUUCCUUAACAUGGAGCUGCAGUUGGAUUCAUGAAUACUGAAUUUUGUAGCACACGGUGAUAGUUUUUAAAGUUGGAACUGUGGUCGGGUCCCAAUGCUCAUUGUUAAUAUAUCAUUUUCUAAUGACUUUCAGACUCGAUGAAAAGAGUGCAACUGAAGUACAGUAAAAAAAAGAUCACCUUUUUGGCCUGCACUUUGUGCUUUAACACUGAAUGGGCUGCCUCUUCAUUUAAUAAUAUUUAAAUGUAAAAUAACACCAAGUACCUUUGUGAUUGAAGUACUCUUCACAUCCUCGGGUGAUUUACUGUUGAUGACUUCUAUGAAUGGUGACCAUAACAUGAACUCUGUUAUUGGAAGAGUUGCUAUUUUUCAUUCACCUGUGUUGUGUACCAAAUUUCUUUUGGACUGUACUUGGGAACAAACGGUACUGUGUCCAUUUAUGUUAUUGUCUUUCUUUUGAUUAGCCUUGUAUUGAAGAACAUUCAAUCUGUAUCUAAUUGUAUUACAAUGAUACAGUAAUGUCAAAUGUACUUUUCAUACAGUAGGAAGAAUACAAUUGUCAGUAACUUCUGAUAUUUUUCAAAGAAAAUUGUAUUCCAUUCAUCUGAACUGAAACUAUGAAUCGGUAAACAUUUUUUACAGAAUAAAUCUAUACAGUCAGAA